UUGACUUUUCAGCCUCUGUUCCUGAACCAAGCUUCAUACUAGCUUUGUAUUUGAAGCCUUGUGGCCAAAAUGUAUAGCAUGAAUUAUAUUCAGGGAACAAUCUUCCCAGCUCCAAGUUUUGAUCCUGUUAUGGAUGCCCAAAUGCUUGGGGGUGCUCUACAAGGAACAGAUUGUGAUAAGGAUGUGCUAAUUGAUGUUCUAACACAGCGCUGCAAUGCACAGAGACUCAUGAUUGCCGAGGCUUAUAGGAACAUAUAUGGCAGGGACUUGAUUACUGAUCUGAAAGAAACUCUCUCACAUCACUUCAAAGAAGUUAUGGUUAGCCUGAUGUAUCCACCAGCAUCCUUUGAUGCGCAUGAGCUCUGGCAUGCUAUGAAGGGAGCUGGCACAGAGGAAAACUGUCUAAUUGAUAUAUUAGCCUCAAGAUCAAAUGAAGAAAUCUUCCAGAUGAAAGAAGCCUACCUAAUGCAAUACGACAGUGACCUUCUUCAAGACAUUUAUUCUGAGACCUCUGGCCACUUCCGAGAUACACUGAUGAAUCUUGCUCAGGGAACCAGGCAAGAGGGAUAUAUGGACCCUGCUAUGGCUGCUCAGGAUGCUAUGGUCCUCUGGGAAGCGUGCCAGCAAAAAACUGGGGAACACAAAAACAUGCUGCAAAUGAUUCUAUGCAACAAGAGUUACCAACAGUUAUGGAUGGUUUUUCAGGAGUUUCAGAAUAUCUCUGGACAAGACAUAGUAGAUGCCAUUACUGAAUGUUAUGAUGGAUAUUUUCAGGAACUGCUGGUAGCAAUAGUUCUGUGCAUGAGAGAUAAAGCUUCCUAUUUUGCGUAUAGACUUUAUAAUGCAAUUCAUGAAUUAGGAUUCCAUAACAAAACAGUUAUAAGGAUUCUGAUUUCUAGAAGUGAAAGAGAUCUGAUGAAUAUAAGACAACGAUAUAAGGAGAGAUAUGGGAAAUCACUGCUUCAUGAUAUCAAACAUUUUGCCUCUGGACAUUAUGAAAGUGCUUUACUUGCCAUUACUGCUGGAGAUGCUGAAGAUUACUGAAAAGAAGAAAACCACUUUGGAAAUUGAAAAAAGUUAUAAGCAGUAAUUUUUUAAAAUAGUAAUCAAAAUGGAAGACCACAUCUCACUGUAGAUUAUUACUUUAAUAUGACCUAGAGUUAGGAAUUUUUUUAAACAAAUGCACAGCUUUCAAUGAACAGGCUAUUUACCUCCUUUUUUGACUUUCAGAAUGUAUUUGACAAGAGUCAAUUCACUAUCCAUCUACUCCUCACUUUUGACAGUGUUUUACCAUAGCACUGUGUGAAGAACCAUUUCCUAAUCAUUUAUUCCUAUACCCCUAAUUCUCCUUAUGCAGGUCUGUUUCUAAAUUGGAAUUGGACUCUGGAAACAUAUCCAUUACUUAACAUAUUGGCCACAUAGCCUUUUCUUAAGAAAUCCUAGCUAAUGUUGUAGCACACAUAUACACACUUAAUAUAAAAUUCAACCCUUACAACAGCAUUUCAUUAAAAGAACAAAACUACCCAAUAACCAAGCACUCCGAUUAGGCUGGUCGGGUAGAUCACAAUUUUUUAAUAUAAUUUUUAUAACAAUUUUGAUAACGUGAUUCUUCAAACUUCUGUGCUGAGAAUUCUGCUCAGGAAUAAGAUACAAAUACAAAGCUUUCCUUCCCCAUCCUCCCCAGUAUAUCCAAUUUAAUCCUUUGAACUGUUUUAUUAUCCAGUAACACAACAACACUGUAGCCUUCUAGGUCUACUCCUUAGCAGUAAGAGAUCUUUGGAGAAUGGGGCAAAACUGGACAUCCCUGUACUAUAUGUCAAAUAAAUCGUGCAAUUUUAGCAAUUGCAAAGCAAACUGAACAGAAUAUUGAUA